AUGCCCAGGGACGCAUGCCUCAGCAGCAAGAGCAUGAUGACUGCCCACCGGAUCCAGGAAUGGAAACUGGAGCAUGUGGCCGGCGAGGUGGAGGGCAAUCACCAAACGCUGAUAAACGGACACGCCGAGUACACGGUUCGUGCCUCCCACGACUGGCUCCUCGAGCGCGAAGGGACCUCUUCACGUUGCCUGGUAUGCCUGGACCCGAAGGCGGGUGCUGAGUUGACUCCCAUCGGCAGUUCCCCCGCGCUGCUACUCGGGCCGGCCGUGACGCUCACGAUACGAGCUAUCUCGCGAGGCUAG